AAGUCAGCUCUCGAGCCAGUCGAACACCAUUCCAGGACCAAGACCGCCACUGACCAUGGAUUUCCUCGGUGCUGUUGCCCUCUCCCUCACCAUCUGCCUGACCUGCCUCAUUCUCCUCUCGACAUGGAAGCAGAUGCAGGGGCGUAGCAAGAUGCCACCGGGGCCCACACCCCUCCCACUCAUUGGAAACCUGCUGCAAGUUGACACCAGCAACAUGCUCAAGUCACUCAUGAAGCUCAGUGAGAAGUACGGCCCUGUCUACACCAUCCAGCUGGGCACGCGCCGUGUUGUGGUGCUGUGCGGCUACCGGGCCAUAAAGGAAGCCCUGGUGGACCAGGGUGAUGAGUUUGGUGGCCGUGGGGAGCAGGCCACUUUUGACUGGCUCUUCCAGGGCUACGGUAUGGCCUUCGCCAAUGGGGAGCGGGCGAAGCAACUGCGUCGCUUCUCCAUCACCACCCUGCGCAACUUUGGUGUGGGCAAGAGGAGCAUUGAGGAGCGGAUCCUGGAUGAAGCCCAGUACCUGCUGGGGGCACUGCAGGACACCAAAGGCCUGCCCUUUGACCCCACCUACAUCCUGAGCCGCACAGUGUCCAACAUCAUCAGCUCUGUCGUCUUUGGGGACCGCUUUGAUUACGAGGACAAGGAGUUCCUCUCCCUGCUCUACAUGAUGCUCGAGAGCUUCCGCUUCACCAGCACAUCCUGGGGGCAGCUCUACGAGAUGUUUGCAGGUGUCAUGAAUUACCUACCUGGCCCCCAGCACAAGGCCUUCAAGAUGCUGGUGCGGCUGGAGAAAUACAUUGAGAAGAAGGUGAAGGCCAAUGAGGAGACCCUGGACCCCAACUCCCCACGGGAUUUCAUUGACUGCUUCCUCAUCAAGAUGCACCAGGAAAAGCACAACCUGUCCUCUGAGUUCUUCAUGAAGAACAUCGUCCUCACUGUGCUCAACGUGUUCUUCGCUGGGACAGAGACAGUCAGCACCACCAUGCGCUACGGCUUCCUCGUCCUGCUCAAGCACCCGGAGAUUGAAGAAAAGGUGCAUGAAGAGAUUGACCGGGUGAUUGGCCGGAACCGCAGCCCCAGCAUCGAGGACCGGAGCCGCAUGCCCUACACGGACGCUGUCAUCCAUGAGUUCCAGAGGUUCUGCGAUAUCAUUCCCUUGGGCCUGGCACGUCGCAUGACCAAGGAGACCCAGUUCUGGGGCUACACCAUCCCCCAGGGCACCGAGGUGUUUCCACUGCUGGGCUCGGCGCUGAAGGACCCCGAGUGCUUUGAGAGACCUGAAGCCUUUGACCCCGGGCACUUCCUGGAUGAGAAGGGGCAAUUCAAGAAGAACGAGGCUUUCCUGCCCUUCUCCAUUGGGAAGCGGUUCUGUUUCGGUGAGAUGCUAGCUCGCAUGCAGCUCUUCCUCUUCAUCACCAGCAUCCUGCAGCACUUCCGCUUCGAGUCUCCCAUAGACCGCCAGGACCUCGACAUCUCCCCGAAGCUGGGCACCGAGGUGUUUGCACUGCUGGGCUCGGUGCUGAAGGACCCCGAGCACUUUGAGAGACCCGAAGCCUUCGACCCCGGGCACUUCCUGGAUGACAAGGGGCAAUUCAAGAAGAACGAGGCCUUUAUGCCCUUCUCCAUUGGGAAGCGGUUCUGUUUCGGUGAGAUGCUGGCUCGCAUGGAGCUCUUCCUCUUCGUCACCAGCAUCCUGCAGCACUUCCGCUUCGAGUCUCCCAUCGACCGCCAGGACCUCGACAUCUCCCCGAAGCUGGUGGGCUUUGUCAGCCUGCCCUGCAGCUACCAGGUCUGCCUUAUCCCACCUUUCCCUGCUCCUUGCCAUCAUCGUUCACCUUUCAGUAUGAAUCGUGGCAAGUGGGUAGGGUGGAAUGGGAUGAGCUUUGGGGCUCAGCACUUGCUGAUUUUUGGGAGCUUGUGAAAGGGCUGUUGAAAUCCCACCCUUUGGUUUUUAGUCUUUCUGUGAUCUCUGGCAACUGUCAUUGAAAUCUGUGACCCUGGCUUAUCCCUGGGGAUGCCCCAGAUGGGUUUCUUGUCACUAAAAGCCUCCUACCCCUUUGCUUCCCCCAUGUCUCCUGCCAUCUUUGCACAUCUUCGAUCUGAAGAAACAGGCAUUGGGGAAGGGCAGGGACAGCAGGCAGGGAUGACAUGAUGUCCAUUAGAGGAGGGGCUGAGCUCAGCUUUCCAUUGAGACCAGAGCCCUUGAGGGGAGGAACUCUGUCCCUCUGGGUCCUUGCAGCAUUGUGCACGACAGAGGUCAUAAUCUGGGGCUGGGCCUCAGUAGUGGAACAAGAUGGACCCUAAUCUCUGGCAGGGUCUGGGCAGGAGUGAGAUUGGCCCCCGUCUGAGUCUGGCCCUGAUGGGGCAGCUGCAGUACCUGCAGGCUCUCUCAGACGUCACCAGGAAGGUUUUGAGAUGUGGGUUUCAGGCACCCAGCACAGAGCUACCUCUAGCCCCAGGGUGUGUUCCCACCAGCUGGCCAGGGCAGGCAGCUGAUAAGCACCAGUUGGACAAGCUUUUCCAGGGGCACUGGAGACCCAGCUCAUGUGUUCAAGAAGUCACGUGCUGAUGAGAAGGCUGGAGUUCAACUUUGGGCUGAAUUUAUUCCAGGGAAACACAGAGGAAGAGCCUGGCUCUGAGGGGUGGGAGCCACUGCAGAAGCCUGUGCUUCCCUCCACUGACUGCCAUGCACUCUGCAGUUAGGCCAGCAUUUAGCCAUGUGGUGCAAGAGGAGGGUUUGGCCCCAUCCAGCUAGAACCCAUGAGGCUCCGAUCCCAGUUACCCUACUUCUACCUAAUGUGCACUGCCCCUGGCUCCUCUGCUUCAUCAUUACAGGAAGAAUCCCUGGCAGGGGGCUGGGGCUGGGGCUGGGGCUGGGGCUGGGGCUGGGCAAGUCAAGAAGUGCUGUCUUCAGAUUUGUAAGGCAAUAACAAACCUCAUGCUGGGGCCCUGUGUAAACCUGAGCCGGUCUGUUAUCUCUGUCCCUGCCUGGUUUGGAAGGAAAACAGCUCAUUUAGAAAAACAAGUUUUGCAACUAGGAUGCCUGAGCUGGGAGCCUCCAGACAGGGAUAUAAGACAUCUCUCGACCCGGUCAAACACCAUUCCAGGACCAACACUGCCACUGGAAAUGGAUCCCCUCAGUGCCAUCGCUCUCUUCCUUGCCAUCUGCCUAUCCUGCUUUAUGCUUUUAUCGACAUG